AUGACAUUUCUUGGCCGGAGGAAGCUGCGACUCUUUGAAUACCUGUUCGAGUCCCUGUGUACUCCCGAGAUGAUGUCCUGCAUUCAGUGGGUAGAUAAAGCCAAAAGUAUCUUUCAGUUUGUAUCAAAAAACAAAGAAAAACUUGCUGAGCUUUGGGGAAAGAGGAAAGGCAACAGGAAGACCAUGACUUACCAGAAAAUGGCCCGAGCCCUGAGGAACUAUGCAAGGACUGGGGAAAUCACCAAAAUCCGGAGAAAGCUGACCUACCAGUUCAGCGAGGCCGUCCUGCAGAGGCUGUCCCUGUCGUCCCACUUCCUGGGAAAAGACAUCUUCCACUCACAGUAUGUCCAGCCCUGUCAGGACUACCUCAGCUUAAACAGCUGGAAUGGAAACUACUAUGCAUAUGCCAAUUACCACGAGCCAAGCCUGCCCACUUGCUAA